AUUCCGAAUAAUAUAUUAAUGUUCUUUAAGAUUCUUAAAAUUAAUGUCUCCUGUGUCUGAGCAUUGGCGUUAAACUGUGUGCGUCGACAAAAUAAACCCUGUCAGAAAAGGGAGUAACGUUAAACAAUUCCGGCCGACUAUUUAUGAAAUAUACACCUUAAGGAGAAACUUCGUUUUGUGUGUGUGUGUGUGUUAAAAAUUAUUAAAUAUAUUUCAUAAACUACAAUAUAUAAUAUACAAUUUAAAAACGCGAUAAUAAAUUAUGAUAAUAAAUCUCCCCGGAGGAAAUACAAGAAUGGUACAAUAAAAGCGUAUUAAACGCCUCAAGUAUGCGCACAUUAUUCGCAACAUUAGCGCCACCGAUUAUCAAUUUAUAGUUUAAUAAUAACCGUUAAAUUAAACAUUUAUAAUGCAUUUAACAAAACAGCCUAAAAUAUGUUCUUCUGAGGCGUUAAUCUAACAUUUUCUUAUAACGUAUAUUAAAUCACACACUGCGCCAGAGACUGCGCUAAAGAGGUGCGAGCAGGACGCAUCGUGACGCAACACAAACCACGAGACCAAAACAGGAAGUGAUUUACAUUUGAAAACCCGAAGUGCAGAAUGUAAUAAACGACAAUAAACUGCCAUUUCAUUUAAACAACAACAGUUUAUAUAAGAGCUGCGUUUAAAUAAGUGCGAAUGGAUCGCAAAUGGACUGUAUAAACCUGCCAAAUUAAAUCUAUCUAAACAGGCAGAUGAAUCUAUAAAGCAUCAUUCCUUAUGUAGUGUGUGUUGACCAUCCGUUUGUUUGCAUUUGCAUCUGCAAUUGCAAAUGACGUGCUUGUUUAUGAAACAUAUGCAUGCACGUGAGCUGAAUGCGCGGAACAUUUCCAUAUAUAGGCUUCGGCACCAAGCACUUCUGAACGACAGCCGCAGAUCCCAGCACGGCAGACAUGACAUCCCCCGAGCAGAUCAUCGAGAUCGUGAUGGAUGACAAGACGUACAAUGUGAGUAAAAGCAAGCUGAUCGAGAAGAGCGAUUACUUCCGCGCGCUCUACAGCUCCGGGAUGCGCGAGUCCGCGGAGGAGUCGGUGCAGCUACGGGGACUGAGCGCGCCGGGGCUGGAGCUCGUGCUGGAGUUCAUCAACACCUCCCAAGUUCAGGUGGCAAACGAGACUCUGGAGGACCUGAUUGAGACCGCGUCUUUCCUGCAGGUCACUUCCAUUUUAAAGCUGCUGCUGUCGGAAAUCAAGCAGGAGAACUGCGUCGAGCUUUUCAAGCUCUCUGAUAUCUACGGGAUGCACGAUCUCAGAAAAGCUUGUUUGAAAUUCAUGAGCUGCUAUUAUCACCGCAUGCUGCGCAGGCCGGAGUUCAGGAUGCUGCCAGCUCCCCUGCGGGAUCAGAUCCGAGAUAUGCGCAUGAAAGGCACGGCCACUUUAGUUGCAAUAGGAGAUUUCACUGACACCUGUCUGGACCUGGCAAAUCAAGACGAGCCUUGGUCUAUGUUGAGGUAUAACGAGCUUGAACAACGCUGGAAACCUCUAGCCAACAAUCUUCCCCAGGACAUGAUCAAUGUCCGAGGAUAUGGAUCCGCUGUGCUGGACAACUACUUGUUCAUUGUUGGUGGAUACAGAAUGACAAGCCAAGAGAUCUCUGUGGGCCACUGCUACAACCCCUGCAAGAACGAGUGGAACCAUGUGGCACCUUUGAACCAGAAGAGAUCCAACUUCAAGCUCCUGGCCGUGAGUGGGAAGCUGUAUGCGGUCGGAGGACACUGUCUGAGUACGGUGGAGUGUUAUAGUCCCGAGCAGGACUGGUGGACGUGUGUGGCGUCUCUGCCUGAUCCUCUCGCUGAGUUCUCUGCCUGUGAGUGUCAGGGCAUGAUCUACGUCAUGGGCGGUUAUACCUCUAGAGAUAGGAACACCAAUGUAUUGCGUUACUGCCCCGCCUCAGACUCGUGGUCCGUGUUCCGUUCCUGUUCGGCUCAUGUGCGCAAGCAGCAGAUGCUCUCAGUGGAGGACACCAUCUACCUGGUGGGAGGCUACACACACGAGCUAGAACCUGCAGAACUGGGGCGGCGGAGGCUCAGCCAGACGGAGGACAUGCUGACGGUACAGUCCUACAACGUGCAGACGGGAGAAUGGUUGCAACUUAAGGAAAACACGUCAAAGUCUGGCUUAAACCUCACCUGCACGCUACACAACGACGGCAUCUACAUUAUGAGCAGAGAUGUCAGUCUGCCCACCAGCCUGGAGCACCGCGUCUUCCUCAAGUACAACAUUUUCUCAGAUGCCUGGGAGGCUUUCAGGCGUUUUCCUGCUCUGGGACAGAACAUGCUGCUUUGCUCUCUCUAUCUACCCAAUGUCCUAUGAGCCACACUGUUCAAGCUCUGGGCGUCUGGAGAAGACUGUAGACUGCUGGGGAACACCGAUUUCUUGCUAGAGGUUUACCAAAAUGCUUUACCAGAUCGGAUUGAUCAGCCAACACAAAGAACCUGCAGGGGACAUUAAAGGAAUAAUACAGCCAAAAAAAUUCAAAUUUUGGUCAUUAUUUACUCCCCUUCAUCUGUUUGACUUUAAGAGAGAGUUUACAUUUUUAUUUGUAUUUUUUCAUGGAAGGAAAAAGGUUUGAAACAACACGUAGCUGAGAAAAUGAUAAAUGAUGACAGAUUUAUUUUGGUGAAAUAGUCAUUUAAAUUCUAAAUAA